GGGGCGGGGCGGAGACCGGCCAAUGGCGAGAGGGAGAGGCGGGGACAGGGGCAGAGGGGGCGCGAGAGGGAACGAGGAUCCCAGAUCCUCCCUGCCGGAAAAGGACACGGAAGAGGCUGAGGCCGAGACGGGGCCGGGCGCCGCGCCGCCGGCAGAGGGCGCGAGAGAGGAAGAGGAAGGGAGGAGGAAGACGAGGGCGAAGAAGGAGUGGGCGACGGCGGAGCCCACCGUCGACAGCUGGGCUCUGGGGGUGCUGGUGUACUGUCUGCUGACUGGCUGCUUUCCCUGGGAGCAGACCUGCGCCUCGGACCCCCUGUACCGGCGCUACCGCCGCUGGUUCGAGGCCGAGGAGGGGGGGGGCAGGGAGAGGGCGUCCCCGGGGGGCCGAUUUUACAACCCGUCAGCGGCGGAGAAACGGGCCGACAGCUCCACCCCAGUCGGGGGCCUCCCUGCGACGGAGGUGGGGGGGGAGCGGGGCCGGCGGCGGGGGGACCCCGAAAUCGAAAUCGUCCCCCCGCAGUUCGUCGGCUUCACGCCUCUGGCUCUGGCCCUCUUCCGCGAGCUGCUGAACCCCGACCCCAGACGCAGGGGGCUGCCCGGCGAGGCCGAGAGGUUUCUGGGGGAGCCCUGGCUGAGAGGCAGGGGUGCGCCGGAGCAGGGGACCAGGGGGGGCGGGGAGAAGGAAGCUGGGGGGCAGGAGGGAGAGGUAAUGGGGUUCAGCACAGGGCUCCGGACUGGGAGCAAGUGGAGCCAGCAGUGAGGGUGGAGGGGGAGGGGCGUCACUCUCGUUGUUUCAGUGCCGGAGCACAGAGAUGCAGUUCCCCCGCCGAGCCUGUGGAGACGGUGGGGGCGCUGUUUCAAAUGGGAGUCUGCUGUGGGGCUAUCCGUGGGGUGUGGGUGUGUGCCGUGGGCUUGUGUCCAUGUAGCUGGUCCCGUGUGAAUAAAUCCCGCCUGCAACAAAGACCAGUGUUCUCCAGUUUUU